GAAUCGCGUUGUAUGUUGGGAUGUUAAUAGUGAGCAGUGUUGAAACUGAACACGAAUAGGAUACGGGUCGAGGAUGAAAAGGUUCAAUAAAUACGAUGCAGCGAAAGAGAGUAAGGGGUAUGCGAACGCUCUCAACUUCCUGCCCGAAUAGGAUUGGGUAUGAAACAUCUGUAAACACAAAAAGCAUGAGGCUCUGAAAUCUUUAUGGCUCUACCCACGUUGCAGCCUACCCCUGUUUCUGCUGAAAUGGCCAGAGACAGAAGCUGCUAAAGGAAAUUGAAGACAGAAAGCUUCCAUAUUUAACACCUAAAGAUGUACAGUUUGAACAACUGUCCAAGGCCAAAUAUUCCAAACUGUACUUGCAACGGGCCAACUGUGUACCUCAGGAAAUUCACCAAAACGUCCAACAAGGAUUGACAAUGCUUCAAGACUGUAAGUGUUUUUCUCAAGAUCUUGUCCAAAUAAAAGGCAAAGACGUGCUUACACCAGUAUGUCGACUACUCAUAGGAGAUCCUGGCUGCACAUAUCGUUACUUGGAUACAAGACUGUUUACAAUACCUUGGCCUUCCCAUGGUGUUGAGGUGAAGUACAACAGUGAUGAAAUAGGUAAAGCCUGCCAAGCUAUUAAAGAUCUUAAUGAAUACUUACAUGUGGAAGCAAUGAAAAUUUUGUUGGAUUAUUCUUCAGCUGAUGUUGAAGAAAUUGGAUUUGAGGCAAAUACAGCAACUUCUACAGUGGUUAAGGACUUGGGAAGUACAAAAGAUAGAACUUAUCACAACAAACAAAGAAACAACAGAGCUAUGCUGAAGAAUAGAACCUCUUUUAAUGUGUCCCUGUUGAAUUACAUGGACCCUUCAAGAAUGAAAUACCUGAAAGAAGAACCGUACUUUGGAAUGGGAAAGUUGGCUGUGAGUUGGCAUUAUGAUGAAAACCUGGUGGAAAGGUCAACAGUUGCUGUGUAUAACUACAGCUGUGAUGAUUUAAGACCUGCUGCAGAUGAAACCAACGUGACAUCAGUAGAGGGCAGAGAUCCAGCACUUUGGCACAUUGGCCUAAAAGUAGCCUGGGACACUGUUACACCAGGGCUGGCAUUGUCCCUCGAACCUGGAGACUGCUACUUUAUGCUUGAUGAUUUUAAUAUGACCCAUCAACAUUGCGUGCUAUCUGGAUUUCAGCCUCGCUUCAGUUCGACCCACAGAGUGGCAGAGUGUUCUACUGGCACACUGGAUUAUAUUUUUGGACGCUGUGACAUAGCUAUGAAGAAUCUGCAAAAGGAUCCGUUAUCGGGCAUUUCCUCCCUGGUUUCUUUGGAGCUUGUUAAUGUGACACAAACAGAAGAAAUUCACAAUGAGGUUGAAUUUGAGUGGUUGCGACAGUUCUGGUUUCAAGGGAAACGUUCAGCAAAGGCAACUGAUUGGUGGUUUGGACCAAUGAUUCUGCUGGAGAAAUCUUGGAGAGAGAUGGAGCAAAUGACAAAGCUUUUGCUGUCUGAAAUCAAUAAGGCAGAAUGGUCUUUAGAAAGAAAACACCAAGUUGUACGCUGUCUUUUGCCAUUUCUUGAAGAGCGCCAGGAACUGAGAAAGAGCUGGAUGGCAAGGUGUCAGUCCAGACUUGCCAACAGCCUACCAGUUGACGAGCAGCCAGAAUGUCGUCCUUACUGGUGCGAUGGAGACCUUGAUAUGCCUCUACCCUUUGACUUGGAAGAAAAUAUUUCAUUUUUGAGGAAUCAGCUCAUGUCUUCAGAUGGAGAUGAUGAGAGCUGAUUUUCAAACAUCUUUCCAAUUUUUUGGCUGAGAUAAUCCUGUCUAUCCAGAUUUUUACUGGCUUCUUCGGAUCAACAUUUUCACUUUAAUAAAAGUUUGACAUAAAGAGACAAAUUGUCUGUUUGGUUAUUGGUUAAAAAUGGAUUUUAACAAUUAAUUUUAGGUGACCUCAACAUUUAUUUUAAUCUGAACCAAAUGAUGUACCUGAAUUUCCAUUUCUGGGACAACGCCUGUUUAUCCAAAUGUAACUGAAUGGAUUCCUAAAUUUUGUUCAACAACUGUUAUCAGGUACUAUCCAUGGUCUAAUAAUUUGUUAAUGCCUUCCUGGACCAUGAGUAGAAGGCAUCCCUGAUAUAACUGCAUUGUCGAUUUGAAUAUGAAAAAGUCCAGCAUAGACACAGUGUAUUUAGACUAUAAGAACAUAAGACAUAGGAGUAGAAGUAGGCCAUUCAGCCCAUUGAACCUGCUGCACAAUUCAGUGAGAUCAAAGGCUAAUCUGAUAAUCCUCAACUCCAUUUUCCUGCCCUAUCCCUAUAACCAUAAUUCUUUUACUAAUUAAAAAACAGUCUGUCUCAGCUUUGAACAUACUUAACAACCUAACCUUGACAGUGCUCUGUU